CAAGCGUCCUUGCUCGGGUUUGGUCGGGCUCAGCCAAUGAGCUGGCACGCCAUUGCCCAGUCGUGCGUCCCCGGGCGGUUACGUGUGGUGCGCGGGGGCGCGGACUGCGUGUGGCGUGGGGCGGGGCGCGGUUGGUGCGCCUGAGAAGCGAUGGCGGCGGUCUGAACUCACCUAGCACUGCCGCAACAAGCGGGCCCGGCCAGGUUCGGCGUUCCGUGAGUGAACAGUACGCAUGGGCCAGAGGGCCUGGAGAGGCAGGCGCUUGGGAGGAUGAGAGACUGGGAAAAGACAGUACCGGGUUUGGUUACUGUACUGGUUGUGAGGUGUUGGCAGGUGAUGAGGGUCCGGGUGUGAGUGGCUAAGAUAAGAGAAGGAAGAUGAGAGCUUACAGGUGAGUGGACAAAUGAGGGGCUGUGAGAGGCUGGCUGCUUUCGGAGGUGCCAAGUUGAAGGGACUCCUGAACGCGGUUUACUAAGGCUGGGGCCACUGAGGGCUGAGUUGAAGGAUACUCUGGGACUAGUGUGAGGGGGUAAGGCCUGCGCGAGGAGAGGGAGAGUCAAAGGCGCAGCUGGGAGCCUGCGGGGUGGCGGCAAAUUGGUGAGGGAGUUAAAGGCGGGGCAUGGAUGGAGGGAAUUAGGGCUGUGAGACUUGGAUAAAGGUGAGAGGUUGAUUCUGAGGCCUCCCUUGAUGGACUGUCAUGUUCAGUAAGAGCAAUAGUUUAGGCAAAGUAGGGCAGCUUGGAUGGAAGUGUUGUGCACCUGACUCCUCUGCUCCCAUGGACUUUCCAUAUUCUGGAGGACAAGAAAAUGAAGGAAGAGCCAUCGUAAGGAGAGAGAAACCACAGAAUUUUACUGACCUGUUCUUGGAAGAUCAUUUUGGUCUCUCCCUGUCCAACGUAGGUGUUGCAGAUUUAGAAAUCUGGACUGGCCAGUGACCUCAUGGCUUGCCAUUCCAGCCUGGUAUAACCUCUGGCUCCAUGGGCAGCUACUGGCUCCUACAGACCGGAUGAAGCAGACUGGAGACACAAGUGGAGAAAACCUCCAGCUGGCAAAUCCUCAAAGUACAGGCCUCUGGCUGCCAGUCCUGCCCAGCCUGCCUCAUGGAGAGGAUGAAUUGGCUGAGCAGACUGGCCUCCCGGGGCCCUGGGCACCGUAUACCUCAAGGGGCCAAUCUCCAAACCCCAGUCAUGGCUGACCCUGAGACCUGCCUCAUGGUCUUCAAGAAUCACUGGUCCCAGGUGGUGCGAAUCCUGGAGCGGCAAGGCCCUCAGGCAGCUCCUGGGGGUGCAGAUGAUCUCAGUGCUGUGCGCAACCACACUUACCAGAUGUUGACACUGCUGGCAGAGGAUCGUGCAGUUCCUUCGACCCCCACAGGCCCUGGCCCCCUGCUGGAGUUUGCUCUGCACGAGGAUCUGCUGACCCGUGUGUUGACAUGGCAGCUGCAAUGGGAUGAGCUUGGGGAUGGGGUCGAGGAACGGCGGGCUGAGCAACUGAAACUAUUCGAGAUGCUAGUGAGCGAAGCUCGCCAGCCACUGUUGCGGCAUGGUCCAGUUCGUGAGGCUCUGCUCACUCUGCUGGAUGCCUGUGGCCGCCCUGUGCCCAGUAGUCCAGCACUGGAUGAAGGCUUGGUGCUACUUCUCAGCCAGCUGUGUGUUUGUGUGGCCCAGGAGCCUUCAUUGCUCGAGUUCUUCCUGCAGCCACCUCCUGAGCCUGGAGCUGCUCCCCGUCUUCUUCUCUUUUCUCGCCUUGUCCCUUUUGUGCAUCGAGAGGGCACCUUGGGCCAGCAGGCCCGUGAUGCCCUACUUCUUCUCAUGGCUUUGUCAGCUGGGAGCCCCACUGUGGGCCGCUACAUCGCGGAUCACUCUUACUUCUGCCCGGUGCUGGCCACAGGGCUCAGUGCCCUGUACUCAUCACUGCCUCGAAAGAUUGAGGUUCCAGGGGAUGAUUGGCACUGUCUGCGACGGGAAGACUGGCUGGGAGUGCCAGCCCUUGCACUCUUCAUGAGUUCCCUAGAGUUCUGCAAUGCAGUAAUUCAGGUGGCUCACCCCCUGGUGCAGAAGCAGUUGGUUGAUUAUAUCCAUAAUGGGUUCCUGGUGCCUGUCAUGGGUCCUGCCUUGCACAAGACCUCUGUGGAGGAGAUGAUUGCCAGUACCGCCUAUCUGGAACUUUUCCUACGGAGUAUCUCAGAGCCUGCUUUGCUCCGUACCUUCCUGCGAUUCCUGUUGUUGCACCGGCAUGACACCCACACCAUCCUCGACACCCUCGUUGCCCGUAUUGGCAGCAACUCCCGGCUCUGCAUGGUCUCUCUGAGUCUCUUCAGGACCCUCCUGAACCUCAGCUGUGAGGAUGUCCUGCUGCAGCUGGUUCUCAGGUAUCUUGUUCCAUGUAACCACGUUAUGCUGAGCCAGAAGCCAGCUGUGCGUGAUGUAGACCUAUAUGGACGAGCAGCUGACAAGUUUCUCUCCCUAAUCCCUCGCUGUUGUCGGCACCACGCCCCCAGCCCACCUCGUCCAGAGCAUGCCUCAUGGGCACGAGGUGGGCCUAGCAGAGAGACAGGGAGAAGGGAGGACAUCACGGGUCCUGGAAGCCCAAGUGUGGACUCCUCUUCUGUGGUGACAGUACCCCGGCCUUCCACACCAUCUCGUCUGGCUCUCUUCCUGCGGCAGCAGAGCCUGGGUGGCUCUGAGUCUCCAGGCCCAGCCCCUUGCUCACCAGGGCUUUCUGCAUCCCCAGCCUCCAGCCCUGGCCGAUGGCCUACCCCUGCAGAGGAGCCUGGAGAGCUGGAAGACAAUUACCUGGAGUAUCUGCGUGAGGCACGUCGUGGUGUGGAUCGCUGUGUCCGAGCCUGUCGUACCUGGUCUGCCCCCUAUGAUGGCGAGCGGCCCUCUCCUGAGCCCAGUCCUUUUGGCUCCCGGACUAAGAAACGCAGCCUACUGCCUGAGGAGGACAGGAACAAUGUGGGGGAAGGGGAGAAGGAAGAGCUGGGGAGUAAGGGGCUGGCUGGGGGUGCAGGGGAGGGCCCUGGUCACCUGCCCCCUCUCCAGCUCAAUGGAGUGCCAGGAUCAUGGCCUGAGGGGGCCAAGAAGGUUCGUCUGGUGCCAAAGGAGGGAGUUGGGGAACUGCUAGAGGGCACCUCCGAGGGCAUGGCAGGACUGGAGGGCUUUGGGCAGGAGCUCCGGGAGCUAGAGGUGGCAUUGAGCAAUGGGGGAACUGGCUCAGAGUCCCCCUUAGAACCUCCACUGCCCCUUGAGGAGGAGGAGGCCUAUGAGAGCUUCACCUGUCCCCCUGAGCCCCCUGGACCCUUCCUCAGCAGCCCUUUGCGGACUCUCAACCAACUGCCAAGCCAGCCCUUCACUGGCCCCUUCAUGGCUGUGCUCUUUGCCAAACUCGAGAACAUGCUGCAGAACUCCGUCUAUGUCAACUUCCUGCUGACGGGGCUGGUGGCCCAGCUGGCCUGUCACCCCCAGCCCCUGCUCCGCUCUUUCCUGCUCAACACCAACAUGGUCUUCCAGCCCAGUGUCAAGUCCCUGCUGCAGGUGCUGGGCUCUGUGAAGAAUAAGAUUGAGAACUUUGCGGCUUCCCAGGAGGACUUCCCAGCACUGCUAUCCAAAGCCAAGAAGUACCUCAUUGCCCGUGGCAAGUUGGACUGGGCUGAGGGCCCUGCAGCAGGACCUGCCCCGCGCCGUUCUGAUCCCCUAGUGAAGAGCCGGAGGCCAUCCUUGGGGGAGUUACUCCUGCGGCAUGCACACAGUCCAACCAGGGCCCGGCAGGCGGCACAAUUGGUCCUUCAGCCUGGGCGAGACGGAGCAGGACUUGGCCUAAGUGGGGGCUCCCCUGGGGCUUCCACUCCAGUUCUACCUGCCCGGGGCGGGGCCCCUGAACGCCAAGGUGAGGCUCUUCGAGUCAAGAAUGCUGUCUACUGUGCAGUCAUUUUCCCUGAAUUUCUCAAGGAGUUGGCUGCCAUCUCCCAGGCUCAUGCCGUCACCUCACCUUUCUUGUUGGAGACUUCAGAGGAAGGAUCUGGCCCUCUCAUCUCAGGCUAUGGGCCCCUCAAUCCUUAACUUUCUUCCAUGGACAAUCAGGGCCAUGGGUGGCCUGGGCCCGGGCUGGGGCUAGGGCACAGGCUCCUUUUUAUGUUUCGAGGCAGUGGCAAAAGGACUUUUUAAUUUAUUUCACAUGAAUGUUUUAUGGAGAACUUGUUGCAAUAUGUAUAAAAGGGAAAUCUCUA